CAAACGCGUGAAUGGUCUUCCGAAGUUUUUGUAGUUUUAUUUCCCGUUCCCAUUGUUUAGAUGCUGUCAAAAUCCAUAUGAGUAAACAAGGCAAAAAGCAAAGGUUGUCGCCAAAUGCUUCACCGAGAGAUAUUGGGUGCUCUGGUGUAGAAAGGUGGAAUUCAUCAUUAUCCGGCAAUGGACAGCCGCGUAGAAAAGUCCCGUUUCGAACUGUCAAUGAUCUGUCACCCAGCACAAGUUCAGCAAGUUUUAAACUUGACAACGUCAUUUCCAGAACAGAAGACAUCGAUAAAUCUCCCAAUGACCUGAAAAAAUAUAGACAUAUCAAACUUCGAAAUGGGCUCAGAGCCCUGUUAAUAUCUGACCCUAGUGAAGUAGGCUCCAGUAUAACAGUUACAGAGAGCGACAAUUCAAAGGAGAAAGAGGUUGCUGGACUUUCAGAGCUUUCGUUUGGUUCUUCUGAAAGUGAAAGUGAAGAAGAUGCAGAAGAUGAUAAAUCCACUGUUAAAUUGUCAGCAGCUGGUUUGUGUAUUGGGGCAGGAAGUUUCUGUGACCCCGCUGAGGCACCAGGGCUGGCCCACUUUCUUGAACACAUGGUGUUCAUGGGGAGUGACAAGUACCCGGAAGAAAACGCAUAUGAUUCAUUCAUCAAAAAACAUGGUGGAGAUGACAACGCAUCUACAGACUGUGAAAGGACACUGUUUUAUUUUGACAUUCAACAAGAGCACUUCAGACAAGCCUUGGACAUGUUUGCACAGUUCUUCAUACACCCACUGUUAAAAAAGAGCAGUAUUUACCGUGAGAGACAAGCUGUAGAUAGUGAAUUUGAGCAAAGUUUAACAUCUGAUUAUGUAAGAAAGCAACAGUUAAAAGCUCUCAUGGCACACAAGGAUCACCCAAUGGGGAACUUUAUGUGGGGGAACAUGGAAUCCCUGAAGGAAGGCAGCGAGCUUCACGAGCGUUUACAGACAUUCCACAGGGAGAUGUACUCAGCUCAGUACAUGACACUGGCUGUCCAGGCUGAAGAAUCAUUGGAUACUUUAGAAAAAUGGGUAUCAGAAACUUUUUCUGAUAUUCCUAACAAUGGUAAACCACCAAAGACCUUUAAGCACAGAGGGGAGGUGUUUGAUAAGUCUCGAUUCUGUAAACUUUACAAAGUUAUUCCAGUGAAGAGUAUAAAUCAGAUAGAAAUUACAUGGUCGCUGCCUUCACAACUCGACAAUUUUAGGACAAAACCGCUUGGGUAUUUAUCGUUUUUAAUUGGACAUGAAGGAGAAGGAAGUAUUCUGUCUUUCUUGAAGAAAAAGUGUUGGGCAUUAGGUCUGUAUGCCGGGACAGGGGAGUAUGGGUUUGAGCACAACACUGCCACUGCCAUGUUUUCUGUCACCAUAUCCCUAACAGAUGAGGGGUUAGCUAACUAUUAUGAGGUUUUAACCUGUAUAUUCCAAUAUGUGGCCAUGUUGAAAAGAGAAGGACCCCAGAAGCAAAUAUUUGACGAAAUCAAAAGGGUGGAUGAAAUUGAUUUCAUAUGGCAGGAAGAAUGUGACCCCACUGAUAAUGUGGAAGACCUGUGUGCAGAAAUGCAGCUCUAUCCACCUAAACUGUACCUCUGUGGGAGUCACUUACUACUGAACUAUGAACCUUGGACCAUAACAGAGUGCCUUGAAGAAAUGACGCCACGCAAUGCAAAUAUCAUGAUUCUGUCGAAAUCCUUUGAGGACAAGGACAUUUGUAACAAGACAGAGAAGUGGUACAAAACAAAGUACAGUGUUAGCGACAUCAACCCUUAUUGGCUCAAAUCCUGGAACAAUCCAGAGAACAAUCCAAACCUACACUUACCUGGGAGAAAUGAGUUCAUAGCUACUGAUUUUCAGCUAUUGAAAUUGAACCCGGAUGUGCAAAUGACAAAGAAACCUGCUUUGAUCCUUGACAAUGAUCAAGGUCGCCUAUGGUAUAAGCCAAACAAUAAAUUCAGUGUACCAAAAGCAUACAUAUUCUUCCAUUUGAUCACACCCCUGGCCAACCAAACUCCUCAAACGAUGGUGCUGUUUGAUUUGUUCCUGAGGCUGUUGAAGCAGAAUCUGACAGAACUUGCUUAUCCAGCUGACUUGGCACAACUCUGGUACGAGCUAAAAGACUUGGAAACAGGAAUGUCCAUCAGGGUGGGAGGCUUCAACCACAAGUUAGCGAGGUUGUUUGAACUGAUUGUUGACCACAUGGUGGAGUUCAGUGUCAGUCAGGAAAUGUUUGAUGCCGUCAAAGACAAGGCCAGCAGAGAUUAUUACAAUCAUUUCAUCAAACCAGCCAAGCUCGUCACAGACUUGCGAGUUUCCAUCAUUCAGCAGACGCAUUGGUCAGCGGUGGACAAGCGGUCAUUUGUCAAUCAAAUCACUCGUGACAUGCUCAUGUCCUUUGUGGAAGAGUUCAAAACCAAACUGUUCAUUGAGGGACUUGUCAUCGGCAAUAUGACCUCUGAGGAAGCACUGAGGAUAGAGAAGUACUUGUGUAGCAAACUACAGUGUGCGGUCUUACCCAGGAAUGCCAGACCUGAGAUUCGAUGUGUCCAGUUACCUCGUGGAAAGUUCUAUUACUGUCGUGUUGAGAACUUCAACAAGGAAGAUGUGAACUCAUCUGUCACCCACUAUUAUCAGCUUGAACCCACAUCCAUUAAAGCCUCCUGCAUAUGUGAUUUAAUCAGUUCUUGCAUGGAGGAGCCAUGUUUUGACAUCCUGAGGACUAGAGAGCAGCUGGGAUACUCAGUCUGGUGUGCUUCACACUUGACCAAUGGCAUUCUAGGAUUUUCCCUCAAUGUGGAAACACAAAGUUCUAAGUUUAGCUUGAAUGAAGUUGAUGAGAAAAUGAUCAGUUUUGUCCAGGAGUACGGCCGCACACUGAACAGCAUGACCCAGAAAGAGUUCAAGGCUCAGGUAACAGCCUUGGUGGGCCUCAAGAAGAAAGAAGAGACAAAUCUGUUGGAAGAGGCAGAUAAGUACUGGAAUGAGAUUAUCACCCAAAAUUAUGUGUUUGAUCGAAUGGAGAAAGAGAUUGAAGCUGUGUCCAAGAUCUCAAAGUCUGAGUUGUAUACCUGGUACAAGGCAAACCUCCUCAAUCCGGAGCGCUAUAAGAAACUCAGUAUUCAGGUUCAGGGAUGUACGACAAAAACAGACGCCGGGUCCACCUCUGAGCUCCAGCCUUGCGCUCGUCCUCCGCUUCGCCGCCAUUCGUCGUCAUGUAACGGAAUCAAAAUCAGUGACCACAUGGUCGCCAUGAACCAGCAGAGGCAGCAGGACAUAGACUGGGGGGGCAUGUGUGAGCUGGUCUACCUGCCAGUGGGCAAAGUCCCAAUGAAGUACUGUAUCAUGGACAUCCCAGGGUUUAAACGACUUUUACCUGUAUAUCCUGUACACAAAGCUAACACAUGGUAACCAGGAAUCAGGAAUUACAACUGUGGAUAAUCCAACAUCCAUGUGUAUGACGCAUCUCCCUGUUUGAUAUUCAGUGCUGUUUUUGUAAGGUCAACAGAUGAACAUAUUUAUGGAAAAAAUGCUAUAUUUAUUUAUUUUACUCGCUGUGUGUCUCAUAAGAAUUUGUUUUUAAUCCUGAUGAGCAUUUCAAAAAACGUUUCCAGCUUUGUAUAACACAAAAUUUGUUUUGACUCCUUGGGAAUAUAUUAAGAGUGUUUCCAUAUGUGUGUCUCGCAAAAUUUGUUUUGACCCCCUGAUGAACAUUUGAUAAGUGUUCCAACUGUGUGUGUCACAAAAUUUCUGAAAGCUUACAAAUAUUUUUCCGUUGUUUUCAUCUGUAUGUCUGAUUUUUGAAGUUUGCUUCAGUUUCUUGCUUGCUUGCAUAUGUAUUGUAAUAUUUCACUCAAGUGGCAUAAUGUCAUAAUCAUUCAUUCAAUAUUUGAUUUGGCUCUGUGUGAAUUUUUUCAAAUUGUUUCAAACAGUGUACAAUUUUUGUUUUACUUCCGUUGAACUCUUCAGAAAACUUUCCAAAUGUGUGUCGCACAAUAUUUUACUUGACUCCUGAUGAAUAUUUUCCAAUUGUUUUUAACAUUUGCUUGAUGCAUGUAGUGUAGAUCUUCAGAUGGGUUUUCUAUCUUCAGGUGAAAACAUUUCUAAUAAUAUGUCAGAAAAAUAUUUUGUCCUGUAGUUUUAUCAGAAAUAUCCCAUUUGUCUGACAUAAUGGAUGUGUACGUGACCGCCAUAGUUUUACAUUGGUCUGCAAGAUUGGGACAAGCCCAAGUAUGUUUAACAGUUCUGUAUAUGCAAGCUCCUCACAAAUGAUCUCAGUAGUUGGGUGAUACCGCAGAGAACAUGUAUGUCAGCAUAUCAGCACAUUUCAACUGUACACAUGUGACUGUUUGUGUUCAGGGAUAUUUUUUAGGUAAAAACAAAGCUACAGUUAUAGUUCAGAUGCAGUGGGUGUUUUUUUUGCCAUGUUGAAAAGCAUUUUCGUGAAAAUUUAGAUGCAAUAAUCAUAUAGGCAAUAAAACUAUAUUUCAUUGAAAGCCUUACACCCGUAAUAUCAGUGGCCUAUCUCGUCAUUCUUUAUUCGAUCACCCAAUGAUAAACAUUCAUGUAGAUUCAUUCUCUGUUAUAGGUCAACUUGGGGACUUCCCCAUGACAUGAAUCUUUAAAAGUUGUGUCAACCAAUGAAACACAGCUACACAUCACCUGUCAUUUGAAGGAUGUAUACCCAGACUGCGGCAGUAAUGUCCCUGACUAAAAUACCUUUCACACUCACUGCUGGAAACUCAGUGGCAGUGAGUUUAUCCACUUUCUGAAUGGAGGGAAUUUUAUAACAAAAGUAUAAUACUCUUUUAACAGUCAACACAAAAACACAGUGACUUUCCACUCUAAGUCAACGAAUAUACACCCCUAAAAAACUUCCGUUUCAGUUCAAUAUUACAAUGUUGACAUUUCUGUAUUAAUAUCCUUGAUUAUUGAUAAUUCAUUUAGUUGCCCCGCACUCACAUCUGUCAACUUUCAGUUGGAUCACAUGAUGUGAACCAUCUGAUAAUAACUUGUGUAUGGAUUUACCCUCUCCCCCAGGCAUUUCUGACAUUUGAUUGGCUCUUUGAUAACUGGGUCACGAAGCUGUUUUAAUGGAGAAUGGAUCUAUAUUUAUCAUUGGGUGAAAGAAUGAUGAGAUAGGCCACUAAUAUUAUGAGUGUCUGAUUAAGGCUAUCUGUUCCAACAAGUUAAUAGUUGGCCAUACGCAAAAAAGUAAUGCAUUAGAGAAGUUUCGAGAUCCAGCUCUGUUGUCAGUAAAGGUAAAUACAGUCCCACUGUAUCAAAAAUCAAAAAUGUUAAUCCACUUUUGUUGGCAUGAAUUUAUCCAUCACCCAUUUCGUGAAUGCAUAAAUGAUGCCCCUCUCCAUUGAUGUAUUUUUGUGCAGAUACCCAAAAUAACUACUUGUGAAACCAUUUUCACAGGUCAUGGUAAACAUAACCGAACAUGGUGGCCUAACAUUUUGACAGGUCAGAUGGUACAAUAGAAUGGUUUUACCUUAAGCCAGAAAAGAGCAUGAACUGAAAACUUCCUAUUAAGUUAAGAUUAAUGAACCAGUGACAGACUUUCAUGACAUGAAUAGUACGUCAAGACAUACAUAUAGGCUGGCUAUAAAUAUAUUUGACCUAUAUUUUUGUCCAUGACCAAGUUGCUCAUUUUCCCUCAUUCUGAGAGUUCUGUCUGUCUUGGGUGUUUUUGAUGUUUGUAUGGAAGGUAGUGUGACACCUUACUGGCAAAAUAUAAUUUAAAAGAAUAUAAGUUUCAACAACAAAAGUAAUAUACUUUUAAGACUUAAUACUGUUGUAGUGUAUUUAUCAUGUUCACUCAGGUUUAGAAUUUGAAACGUGUCAAGAAUGA